GCUCGGUCUCCGAACGACGUGUUUCGUCACGGUCAAGCGUGGUUCAAGACGUGGUACCUUGACAUAACGGACAAACAAAGCCCCUUCGCGCCGUCAGGGUACGACUGCGCAGCUCUGCCCGUACGUGCGGCCAUCCAGCGCUGCUCACUUCGAGCGAAUCCGAGUCAUGGAUUCGAGCGAGAACAGCGGUAGCCCGUACAAGAAGCGCGCUCGGACGAGCGAGACGCAGAACAGAGAGGAGGCUGCGAACACUUCCCAGAUGAGGACCAGAGGUGCCUUUCUGACGACUCUGCCUCUGGAUGUCCUGUUAUGCAUCCUAGAAAGACUUGAUCCCUUCGACCUCACACACAUCGUGCAGACUAAUCGAGCAUUCCGUGCGACGUUACUGCACUCAUCUCAAGGUUGUCGCAUCUGGAAGACAGCUUCCGAGUCCGCUAUAAUCCCAGAAUGUCCGCCGCAUGUCCCGCAGGUUUUCUGGGUGAGGAGCUUUCUUCGUGACUGGAGAUGCAGUCAAUGCGGAUCAUGGACGAACGGAGUGGAGGAUUUUGAUUUCGCCUUACUGCGCAAAUGGUGUAAGAGGUGUCGAAGUGACGGACUCGUACCGUCCAGUAGCGUCGCGACGUUAAUCUCAAAAGUCGACGAUCAGCUCCUGGAACUCGUCAUUUACACCUACAAUCAAGGUUCAACGGAGAGGCGAUACUGGAAAGAUGAUGUCGUUGAGAUGCUAGCGACCUGUAAUCGUUACAAGAGAGAUAUCCGGGCAGGGAGACGUCGUGUCAAGAAUUAUGAAGAAUUCAAAGCAGGGCGGAUCCUGUAUGUGAGAGCGAGGACACAGCAUGCACAAGAGGCUAGAGACUGGUUUGACGCUCGUCGAAAGGCGGCCAAGGAACUAGAAGCACUGUAUAACAGACGAUACAAGCAAGUUUUACAACGAUGUGAAGACUUGGGUUAUUGGUUCGUCAGAGAUAUUGAGGACCUAAAUCGCUCUCUGGAUGAUGGUAUCUUCCAGUAUCUGAGUGAAUUCUACAAACAUGACAUCACCGACUACGCUUGGGAGCGAAUGAAGCCUGCCCUGGAGCCUUGCUUGCUGGAUUGGCGAUGCAGUUGGCCGGUGGACCAACAUGUGAUCUCGCAGCGCAUGCUUCUCAUCAAGGAUACCUAUGAUGACUACAAGAGGACGCUACAUCCCAUUGAGUGGCUUCGCCUCCCCCCGCUCAAGAUGAUCUCUAUGAUGCCGGCCUUCCGUUCCCUCAUAUAUGACAAGCCCGACAUCCCGCUCGACAGGUUGCGCUGCGACGAAGCCGCGCGUGAUCUCCCGCAAUUCAUAUCAACAUACUACGCCAAUGUCAAGGACGUUUUGCUGCGGACUAUGGGGGAAGCAAUCAACCUUACCCGAGGAACGGCAAAUCAGAUGGUCGUGACAGAUGAUCAUCUCGCUUUGGCCAGUUCGGCCUUCUAUAUGCGCAGGGAUGACCUAUUCUGCUCUCUCACGGACGUUCUGGAGCAGCUCUCCUAUUCCGAAGCUGAAGAUCGCCGCGGCUACGGAGGGCGCUUCUGGUUGCAACUGCAAGACCCCGAGCAGUUCCACUACGGGCUGAGACUAUUCAAAUGGGAUCGUAUCGGUCAUGCAAUCUGCCAGAACCUUGCGAUUGCUCUAGGGCUUGAUCCUCAGGCGACACGACCUGAAGACCUCGACGCACUCGAUCGAUACUUCUUCUGCCGAUACGAGCAUUGCAUGGCGGAAUGCAUAGCUAUGCCGUGGCGCCGCGUUAUCCAUCAUUGCUGGAAUGUACACGCCGAUUACAGGCGUUCAGCCGAGCCGCUCAGAAUCUCAAUCCUGAGUGGGGAAGUGUCCGAGGCCGUUCGCAGGAAGCGGUUCCCUGCCGAGCUACUCAAAGCCUGGAGCUGCAAUCAUUGCCCUAUUCACCUUAACAAUUUACAGAUGCAGGACGAUGCGGUGCGGCAUGUGCAGACAGAACAUGACGUCGUCGAGCCGAGAUGUCCGGUCGACUUCUUCUGCGCCGUACCUCAGGAGCACUGUCUGCCAGGAGACUCGAUUGCAAUCCAGCUCGAGGACGAUGCUUGCCAGGAUCUCAUCAUUGAAUGCACGGACCUGUCAUGGUCGAUAGGCCCGCCGUCCAUACACAAGAAAGGUCCGAUUCAGUAAAGAACGCUGUCAUUGGAUGUGCGUAUAGGGCGAUGCACAUAAUAUCUCCUUCAUCAUCAAUGUCAUACGGAAUCCCGUCACCUGAGUUCGUACCGAUGUAUUUUCGCCAUGUACUAUGAUAGUACAGUACUGUAGAUUGGCAAUAAGUAUUUCC